AUGGAGCACGACUUGUACUCACGCCCAUACCCCGCUCCGUUGCAGACGUGCAACGUACUGAACCACAGGGAGCGCAGUCGUCUCGUCCGCAGCACGCGCAAGCUGGGGGCCGUGCUCGGGGCAACGCCCCAGCUUGCUGAAAAUGUCGACUCGUCCUGGAACGCCUACCACGCAACCCACGUCGCCCUUCCCCUGUGCGAACCAUCCAGCACACGUUCAUCGACCUCCUCUGCACGCCCGCUCGUCAAGCCGCCCACGCGCCGGCACGCCUCCGUCUCCGAGCACCCCACCCGCGCGGAUAUCUACGCCUGCGCGUCCUCCGCGAGCUCGUCUGCUUCCCUCGCUGCACCCCCGCUCCCGCUCCCGCCCGCCCGCACGACCUCGCUCAGCGCGCGCUCGCGCAAGCCCAGCAUGAAGUUCGGCAUGUCCAAGUCGAAAGCGAAGCAGCAGCAGGCGCAGCCGCCGGCAGCGGACGCACCGCGCCCGCUCGCCCUACGGCUCGCCACCGGACCACCGCGCGCCCUCACCCUGCUGCCAUCGACCCCAUCACGGACGCCAAAAUCGCCCGCGACGCCGCUCUUCGCGCCGCCGGGCACGCCGUCCUCGUUCGGGAGCGCCGCGACGACGCCGACGACGCCGGUCUUCCCCUCGGCCGCCGAGACGCGCCGGCGGCGCAUGGCGAAGCUCACGCGCACGCUCGGCGAGAUCAUCCCGCCGCACCUCGUCUUCGGCGCGCGCAAGCCCCCCGGCAACAUUGCUGCGGGGGACGCCGAACAGUACGGCGUCGUCGUCUCCGUCGAGGGCGGUGCGAAGCCCGCGGACGCCGGCCUCAUGCCGCCGGCGCGGACAUCGACGCGGGUGCGCCGCAGCAUGUCGGUGGACCUUGGCGGCGCCCUGCCGCUCGCACGGUCGUCGCGAGUGUGGGUGACGGGGAGCAGCGAGUGGCGGGGCGAGUGGAAUAGAAGGGACAUUCGCGAGGUGCAGCAGGGCCUGCGAUCACUCAAGGCUCGCUGA